UGAGGAGGGUGUCGCUUGUGCUAAAAUUCGACUGUCUGAUUUUUUUACGGAUUUUCUGCGUCUGCAUUUUUGGGGAAGGCUUACCGCUAUGGCUUAUUGUAGGCAUGUGGACUGUGUCCGGAAGGCGCUUUUCUACAAGCCUUUACGUCUGAGGGGGAAAUUUAGCUAAGUCCUCAUAGCUGUCUCAACUGUUGACAAGAAUCUUUAAGGGGUGAAGCUGAGCCCAGAGCUACAUAUACAGUUUAUCUUAUCAAAAUGUAUGGACAUAAAACAAUCUGAAGGAAGUCAAGACCACAGAACUUACUGACAAAAGUACAUGGUACUGUUUAUAACAAGAACGAGAGUAUUUGGAGAAAGAGCUUUUUCUACUACGUCAUGAUGGAAGCAGAAGAACACCAGCAACCAUGGAAGACAGCUUUUUAUUCAGAAUUACCUAAAGUGGAACUUCAUGCCCACUUGAAUGGAUCCAUUAGUUCUAAUACCAUGAAGAAAUUGAUAGCCAAGAAGCCAGAUCUUAAAAUCCACGAUCAGAUGACUAUGAUUGACAAGGGAAAGAAAAGAACUUUAGAAGAAUGUUUCCAGAUAUUUCAAAUUAUUCACCAGCUUACUACUAGCCCUGAAGAUAUUCUAAUGGUCACAAAAGAUGUCAUUAAAGAAUUUGCAAAUGAUGGUGUCAAGUACCUGGAACUAAGGAGCACACCCCGAAGAGAAGAUGCUACAGGAAUGACUAAAAAGACUUAUGUGGAAUCUGUACUUGAGGGUAUUAAACAGUCCAAACAAGAAAACAUAGACAUUGAUGUUAGGUAUUUGAUAGCAAUCGACAGAAGAGGUGGCCCUUCAGUGGCCAAGGAGACUGUUAAACUUGCUGAAGAAUUCUGGCUCUCUACUGAGGAUACAGUUCUUGGCCUUGACCUCAGUGGAGACCCUACUGUAGGACAAGCAAAAGACUUCUUGGAACCUCUUUUAGAAGCUAAAAAAGCAGGUCUGAAGUUGGCAUUGCAUCUUUCAGAGAUUCCAAACCAAAAAAAAGAAACACAAUUACUUCUGGAUCUACUUCCUGACAGAAUUGGGCAUGGGACAUUUCUCAACUCCUCUGAGGGAGGAUCGCUGGAACUGGUAGAUUUUGUGAGGCAACACCAGAUACCACUGGAACUCUGUUUGACCUCAAACAUCAAAAGUCAGAUGGUUCCGUCUUAUGACCAGCAUCAUUUUGGAUUCUGGUACAGCAUUGCCCAUCCUUCUGUGAUCUGUACUGAUGAUAAGGGUGUUUUUGCAACACACCUUUCUGAAGAGUACCAGCUGGCUGCUGAAACAUUUAAUUUGACCCAGUCUCAAGUGUGGGAUCUGUCUUAUGAAUCCAUCAACUACAUCUUUGCUUCUGACAGCACCAGGUCUGAACUGAGGAGGAAGUGGAAUCAUCUGAAACCCAGAGUGUUACAUUUUUAAGCUGCAGUGAGAUAAACUACUUUUGACUAUGUGCUGCAACCAGGAUCUUCCUGCCAUAUAUCCCUCUUAGUAAACCGUCCACCGCUCCCUUUGAAGCACAGCAGCCAGCUACCAUAGGUUCCAUCACCAGCACCAUAUUUGUGGUUGGUGCUCAGUAAACAUGUCUUAAA